AUGAUUCUAUUUGGUUUAGGAAAGCUUGUAUAUGUUGUCGUCCUCAUCAUCAACGCCAUCGCCGUACUCUCUGAAGACCGCUUUCUCGCAAGAAUUGGCUGGGGUCGCACGCAGCCUGAUCCUGCCUUCGGUGCCAGCUAUGACAGCACAAGCGUGAAAGCCAAAACCGUGAACCUGAUCGCCAGUGUACGGACUGUGAUGCGAAGUACGUAUUAUCUCGCUCCCGUUUCCCGACAGUGUCUCCAGACAUCGCCCUCCUCCCAUGAUUUGCAAAAAGUGGAAGAAUUGCGCUAA